AUGAAAUUAUUUUACUUACCAAUUUGCGUGCUAGUGGUUUUAAGUGGUGUAUAUGCCGAAGAAAAUGUAGUAAAUAAAGAUGAUUUUCAAAAUUGUUUAGAAAAGGAUUCAAUUUCCUGUGUUCAAUUAACGAUUUUCCGGAAAGCAAAAUCAUUUUUUGAAAAUCCAAAAAUAGAAUUAUUUGGUGGAUUAUCAUUAGAUAGGACACCAGAAUCCGUACGUCAAGGUAAAUCUAUACAUGACAAUGAAAUUGAAACAGUGCACACAGUUGAAGGUCGUAAUAAUGUUAUGGAAAAUUAUUUCUGGGAUAAGUUUACAGGAUUUUUACAAGAGAGAUCAUUAAAUUUAAAUUUUGCUAAUGCAGCUCGUUCAAUAUCAAAUUCAUUGCCAGAUGAAGUUAAAUCUGAUUUAAAAGAACUAGUUGUUGAAGGACGUUUAAGAAAACGUAAACUAAUGAGAAAAUUAAUGCCAAUUUUAAUGGCAUUAGGUGCUAAAUUUGCAUUAUUGAAAUUAGCAUCAUUAUUUGGUAUCUUAUUCAUCGCUAAAAAAGCUUUAAUUGUAUCAAUUUUAGCUUUAGCAUUAGCUGUAUUUGGUGGUUUAGGAUCAGGUCUUGGAGGUUUAUCUGGACGUAGUCCGUUAGGAGGUGGUGGCGGUGGAUUAUUAGGCAGUUUAGGUGGUCUUUUCGGUGGUGGUGCUGCUGCUGCACCAGUUGCAGCUGUUGGUGGUAGUACAUAUUCAACUGGUGUCGGUGCCGCAAUCGGUUCCGGUGGAUGGGCAUCAAGUGGUAGUGGUUGGGAUAAUGCCGGAGCAUAUAGUUCACAUAAUGCCGCUUAUGCUGCAUAUAAACCAUCAUCUAGACGUCGCCGAUAA